ACACAACCACAGAACACAACACAGUCUUUAUCUAUAAAACAUACUUCAACUUUUAAAUGAAUAACUACACAUUAACUACAUAAUAUUAAAUAGGUUAUGAUUUAAACGAAGAGUUUUGUUUUAGAGAUGUGUGUUUAGAAAGUUUUCAAAUAUGACAAAAUGAGGCUUAAUCGAGUGUUUUGGUGUAAACAAACAACAAUGGCUUCGUUAGUUAGCACUGAAAAAUUAUUCACUAUAAAUGCGCCAUGGGGAAAAAUAGCAGGGAUAACAUGGGGUACUUCCAGCAACUCUCCAGUAUUAAUGGUCCCUGGUAGACUAGUCCCUUGCACCUCUUUCCGUCCUUUGAUCAAGCUGUUACCAGAUUGCUUCUUCUACGUGGCUUUAGACCUGCCUGGAAACGGCUUUUCGGAUAGAUUGCCUCCAGGCAUUCGAUACUCUUAUUUCGAUUUAGUGCCCACAAUAGAGAAGGUUGUUAAGCAUUUUAAAUGGGAGAAAUUUGUGUAUGUGGCUCACUCUUUGGGUACUGCUGUGGGAGCAUAUUACGACCUAGCAUAUCCAGGGCAAUUCACGCGCUUCGUACAACUGGACCCCUUACCUUUAUACUUCACGAUCGCUCCUAACCAGUUCGGAGCCUGGUACAAAGAGUACUUUGCGGGACAUUACGACGAUAGCAAGUAUACGAUAAAUAUCCUUGGAAAGGAAACUGCGCCCAAGUAUAAGCUGGAUGAUAUUAAAAUCAAACUGAUGAAGGCACACAACAUGAAUGAAGAGACACUAGAACAUGUGCUGGAUAGAUACAUAGAACCAGCGGGAGAUGGGUUAUACAGAUUCACAUACGACCAAAGCAUGAAAAACACCGCUCUCAUGCCGUUCUCGCCGAGCAACUUACAAAAUCUCCUCACGUAUUCAAAAGUGCCAAUUUUAACUGUAUUCGCUAAAAAAGUCGUAGAACAAGGAUCGUAUUCAAAAGUGCCUUUUGUGUUUGAUGAAAACGCGUGGCCUAAUAACAAUUAUAAAUAUAAAAUUGUCGAUGGUUAUCAUGACGUUCACAUGACAGAUCCGCAUCUAAUGGCAGAUGACAUUUCGAAGUUUUUAAUGGAAGAGUUUCGCGCCAAAUUGUGAUGACUUGUGAAAAAAUUGAAUUUUAUAUAUUAAAAUUAUACUAAAUUGUGUUAGAUGCUAGUGUUAAUUAAUUAAAUAUAAAGUAAUUUAUUAUAAGAAAAUAUUGUU